CUUAAAUGCAGUCAGUUGAUUGGAGUGCGCCAUGUUCAUUAUUAUUGAGCACAGUAAUUUUUGAAUUGUGUAGAAAUAUUACAAAGUAUAUCAAGAACUUAAUACUAUUCAUAAUAGUAAACGGGUCGAGGCUGAAGGUCGACAAAUAUGGGCAAAAAGAAGAGACGCGAUGAUGGCGGCAUAGGCGGUGAGGCUCCGCAGCGGCGCAUCUUUUGCUAUAUUAGGCGGCAUCAUCUCUAUCAUCUUUUUGCUUUUCAUAUUUUCAAUAUGGGAGUGGUCAUUAUAGACAAAAUUAUGGGUAUGAACGCACCGGCGGUCCGCUUACUAAAUUCUCCACCGCCGCACCCAUUCAACAGAGACGCGACGAUUAAACGUCAUGUGGAAUAUUUUUGUGUAAAUUGUAGCACGACUGAAAAACCGGUGGGAUACUACCGGUAUUACCGGUAUAAAAUGAAAUGAUUUCUUAAGAUAAGAACCUUUCCCCUCUUGUUAAUUCUGUGUACAUUAGUAAUCAUAUCUAAAAAUUAGCCUAAAAAUGUCAAAAGACAAGCAAAAUGUACAAUGCUGGAUUACAUUGACAACGACAAGAUUGCACCAUUAUUGCAGCCACAAGAAACAGGAGAGUCAGAACGAAAAAAAGAGUGUAGCUACCAGGAGCACGAGAGAAAAAAGUCUUCGUAUCAUAUUAAGAUGCAGAUUGUGUCUAUUCUAAUCUCUUGCAUGGGUUAUCGUCAGCCUAUUUCUAACGUGUCGAAGCAAGAAGAAUUCAAUAAGCUUAUGCAUGCCUACAUAACCUUAUCUUGCCUUGGCAUCAUCGUGCAGAAAUUAUUAUCGGGUGACGUAAAGCAGAUCAAGAAAUCUCUGCGCAUGAAUCAAUAAUCACAUGUGACCAGUCCUUUAAAGUGGGCUAUGAACAUCUAGUCGAUGCUUCCUUCUUUGCAUCCUCUUCUGUGUGUUUCUUUACAAAAGCAUUCAUUGUCAUUAUUUUUCUUUUAUCAACAUUAAACCACAAUUUCAUGUUGCAGAUACCGUUGAGCGCCAUUCGUCAAGUGGUGGGGACAAGCUGGAAAAAUCAAUAAAUCGACCGAGAAGCAGAGUGAAUGAGCACGUUUUCCUUGCUGUGAACAGUUAUAUACUUCGCUUACGCAAAACAAUCAAGAACACAAAAACUAAGGCAUCAAACGUGAUAUAUGUCUCGCAUAGCAAGUAUUUUACGAAGUUGAUUGAAUCGAAGUACGCAUAUGACCUCAAUU